GACAUCAUCACGUCUAAAAGCUCACAAGGACAUUCCAUGUCAGAGCAUGGUCAGCCAUAAACUAGACAAGAUCCAGGCAUUUGUCAAGGUAACAGGCUUUCCAAACCUGCUUUACGUUUCAUUAGUGUAGCAUAAAGGUUUCCGUAAGGUGGUUAUAGUUUCACAAUGUUGUCAAAUAGUUGGAGUGCUUUUGAAGACACAAGUUCCUGGCUACUUCCUUAUUUGAACUGACUGCCGUUGUAAGAAGAAUGGACUGUGCACCUCCCUGUUCAAAGGCUACGUACAGGACAUGUAGCAAAAAGUUGUAGCAGAAGCCAUAAAGAUGAGUCAGCGGGGGAGUGGAGCUCCAGGAACAGGAGUGAAAGAGGUGAUAGACUUACUAGACAAAACACCUCUAGAGCGACUACGCAGCCUAACACGUCAACUGGGCUCAUCCACAGAAGAAGAUAUUGUGCAUGCUCUGUGUCUGUUCAUUCUGCAAAGACAGAGGCAGGGUCUGGAUAAGCUUCAAACACAUGAUGAUAAUAUCCUGGCUAAACGUCUGUCUGAGAAAUGGCAACAAAGUGCAAGAAACUUUGAAUCCUUUAAAGCCCUUUGUGAUCCUUUUCAAGAAUCUGAAUCUUUGGCAACACUGGCACGAAUUUUCAAAAUCUUAACUCAGCAUGGAUUGUGUGAUAGGGAUGUCCUGAUUAUGGCUUACACAAGAGCACUUCCACGUGAAUCGAGUGACUCAGAUGUUUUAGAAUACGACCUGUUCCUGGAAGAAGCUAAACAAGUUUGCGGACCUGAGUUUGUAGAUUUUUUAAGCUCAUUUAACAAUCUAAAUUUAUCACCCGGUGUCCGUAGCAACUCAUAUAUGGGGAACAACUCUGCAACAACAGGUUCAGCUCAGGAAAAUGCAAAAAGCAAUGUGCCAACUUCACUCCAUUCUUCAUAUCCUUCUUAUCCAUCUCAUCUAGAGAUUAGUGAGGCCCCCACAGUUAGCGCCAGCGGUGCUAAGCCUAUAACACCAACCAGGUUAGAUCCUGCUCCUGGAAAACCUAUGCAGCCUGGACAAUCUCAAAGUCAUAUCGUUGUGAACCCUAGUUGUCAGGUCUUUGGGAACAAUCUGAAGUUCAUGAGCCCACAACCACCAGCUGAUCCAAACAGUAUUCCAGAGAAGUUAUUUCCACCACCACCAGCAGCAGCAAAAGCAAAAGAGGAGACAGAACAAGAAGAAGAAGAAGUCAGGUUUUAUCCUUUUGUCAUUCUGCAUGCACAACAAGAUAUUGAAUUGGCAGAGGCAAUGAAAGAAAGGCUGCAGGGUAUUAUUCAAAGUGAAGGGGCAACUUUUUCUGAGGAUUUUGAGGUGCCUGGAAAAUCCACUCUGAAAUGUGUGGAGGAUGCCAUUGAAAACUCUGCCUUUACCCUCCUGCUCCUCACCACCAACUUCAACAGCUUUCUGGAGAUGAAAACCAACUCAGCACUGGUUAACUCCCUCCAGAAUCCACCAAAACACAACACCGUGAUACCACUCCUGCCGCAAAGCAACGGCAUGCCCAGAGACGAAUUGCCCUUGGUCCUGAAAACCUUAGUGCCACUGGAUGAAAACAAGAACUUUGCCAGGAAAAUACAAAAAGCAAUGAGUCCUGCAAGGAUAAAACAACAAAAAGAGGAGUGGACGAAAAAGCAAGAGAUGAAAAGCCGCAAGAAAAAACAGGAGAAGUUAAAAUGCUCCAACCAGCAGCAACAAAAGGAGAAUGAGGAGCUAAGGAACAUGCACGGUCUAGAGCAACAGAGCCGAAUGCUUUUGAAUGAGAGGUACGACCUUCUCCAAGGAGAGAGGUUAGGGCCUGAUGGGAGACAGUGGCAACAGCACCCAAACAUCAGCAUUGCCAAUGCACAGUAUAUCAUUAUUGGGGACAACUCUCAAAUGACAGUGGACCUGAGCAGAGGAGACGAGGAAUGAACUGCAAAUCCACAGAAUGAGAGAUACAGUCCUACAUCACUGAGUUACAAUACGCUUGAGAAGUGUGUUUAUUUCUCUAGUUGAUUUCAAUGAGACACAGCAAAAAUAUUUCAAACCAAAGGUGCACUAUGCAACUUUUCUGGUGGCUUGUGUAGUCUCCAUAUAGUAUAGUAUGGCAUUAAACUUAUUAAACUUCAUGGGGACAAGCAGGUGACACCAUCAGGACAAGAAACAGCUCAAUUGUGUAAAGAGGAAAGCCCACUCACUGUAAGAAACUGACUGUUUUUGAAGUUCUUUUCAUUAAGUUAGGAUAGGUAGGUUAAUGCCAUACUGUGAAACAUUCCAGAGAAAGCAACAACAUCACCAGUGAAGCAAACGUGUGUGAUAAUAGGCUAUAAUUAAAAGUAGCCUAUAAAGUCAAAUGGAAUAGGUUAUGCUGUGUCUAAACCAAAAAGCUGCUAUUACUAGAAUGGAGACACUUUUUAUUUGUAUUGCAAUUUACUGAAGUAGGGCUGUUUGUUUACAACACUACAUUUUUACUGUGAUUUUUUUGUUUGAAGAUCUCAUGUUAAAGUGCUGCCAUCUACUGUCAAGUAUGGAGCCAUUUUUACACUUGGAAUGCAACAGACUGUUUUUACCACUAGAGGAUGCUGUUGAUAUUUGCUUCUGAUCACUAAGUGGCUCGUAACAAAUUAAAUGAUUUAUUACCU